AUGUUCAUGUCAGAAAAGGAGGCCACAUCCUGCUUCGUGUAUGGUUCUCUUCUGUGGGCAGAAAGAGUGUGCAAAGGAUAUGAUAAACUCUUAUCUGGGAAGACCUUCCCUUCAAAAGGGCCCGUCUGGGUGUCCUGCAAGAUACCAAAAUGGGACAGAAGAGCUGGUCGCCUCUCAUUCUGUACGAAGGUUUGCUAUGGCAUUGGCGGGGUCCCCAGUCAGGUGGCCUCCAGUGCCACGGCCUUUUACCUGCAGCUCUUCCUGCUAGAUGUGGCACAGAUCCCUGCUGCCCAGGUGUCACUUGUCCUGUUUGGAGGGAGGGUGUCGGGGGCAGCUGCUGACCCCGUGGCUGGGUUCCUCAUCAGCAGAAGCAGGAGGACAGGGUCCGGACGACUCAUGCCCUGGGUGCUGGGCUGCAUGCCCUUCACCGCCUUGGCUUACUUCUUCCUGUGGUACCUGCCCCCCUUCACCAACCUCCGAGGCCUUUGGUACAUGACCUUCUACUGCCUCUUCCAGGCUCUGUCAACGUUCUUCCAGGUGCCCUACACGGCGCUCACCAUGCUGCUGACGCCCAGCCCCCGGGAGCGGGACUCGAACCGGUCCCUCUGCUCCCAUUGGGAGGUGCCCUGCCCCUGGGUGUCCUCCCCUCCAUGGGUGGGAGACAUCACCCCACCCCAGUUCUGUCCUGUUCCACAGACUUGUCUCUACUCCAUUGCAGCCGCCGCGGUUGCUGUGACUUACCCCGUGUGCGGUGGUUUGCUCUGCUUGGGGGUGAAGGAGCGGCCAGACCCCUCUGCCCCGGCCUCCAGCCAGGGCAUGAGCUUCCUGGCUGGGCUGGGCCUCACUGUCCGGCACCCGCCCUACCUGAAGCUGGUGAUCUCCUUCCUGUUCAUCUCAGCAGCCGUCCAGGUGGAGCAGAGCUACCUGGUCCUGUUCUGUACACACGCCUCCCAGCUACAUGACCACGUCCAGAGCCUGGUGCUAACCAUCCUGGUCUCAGCUGUACUGAGCACCCCGCUGUGGGAGUGGGUUCUGCAGCGAUUUGGGAAGAGGAUGUCGGCCUUCGGGAUCUGUGUGAUGGUGCCUUUUGUAAUCCUGUUGGCUGCUGUGCCCACAGCCCCCGUGGCAUACGUCGUGGCCUUUGUGUCUGGCGUGAGCAUCGCUCUGUCCUUGCUGCUACCCUGGUCCAUGCUCCCAGACGUGGUGGAUGACUUCCAGCUGCAGCACCAGCACGGCCCCGGCAUAGAGACCAUCUUCUACUCGUCCUACGUCUUCUUCACUAAGCUCUCGGGCGCAGGGGCCCUGGGCAUCUCCACGCUCAGUCUUGAGUUUGCGGGGUAUGAGGCAGGAGCCUGCAAGCAAGCAGAGCAGGUGGUGGUGACCCUCAAGGUCCUCAUCGGUGCUGUGCCCACCUGCAUGAUCCUCACCGGUCUUUGCAUCCUCAUGGUCGGCCCCGGUCCAAAGGUGCCAAGCCAGGACUCCUCUCACCAGCUGAGCCUUCGAAGGAGGACCAGCUACAGCCUCGCUGCAAGUUAAAGCUUCGUGAGCCCAACAGCAGGAGCCCGCAUCGUCUGGGCUCGAAGUCCCCCUCUCUUCUCAGCCGUUUAGAACCCCCACUUCGCAGCGUGCACGUGACCUUUUCCCUGGGACAUGGAGCCUUCAGUGACCUCUCCAGAAGGGACUGGCCUGGGUUCCACCUGUCUUUUCUUACCUGUUGACCACAGACCAUUUCAGAUAAACCUGUGCCCCUGACUACCCGGCUCCAGGUGACGUUUGACCUGGAAAGCAUCCCAAUAGCAGCUUGUCCUGAAAAAAAGGAAGCCUCGGCCAGCCUGGCCUGCAGACCCCCCAACAACCUGCUGACCUGACAGGACAGACACACAGACGACCCUUUGUUCUUCCUGAUGCCCCAGUGGACAUCUGAGAGACUGACAGACGUCACAUGAAUGGGCAGAGUGGGGACAGAUGGGCAGGCUGGGGAUGUUGUUAGGACAGACAGAUGCAGGGAGGCCAGCAGACCCCAGGGGGAGCGAAGGGGACAGCAGUGGGGAUGAGAAGGCGGAGCAGGGCACGGGGUGUUCUCGAACCUCUCUCUCUGUCAGGUUGAUGACUGUUCCCAGAGGUGGGCACAGACUGUCCAGCCACCAGAGAUGGAUCAUUUUCAUGAACAGUCGUUAUUUUUGUGGGAAUAUUUUUUUCUGAACUUUUAUAAAAAGUACAGGAACCACCAUUUUCUAGAAGCCGUAUCUUUGGAAAAGAUCCACUGAGGUUUUUUUUUUUCAAAAAACAAAAAACCACAUUAAAAGGUUUGUCUUCUACUGAGUCAGUAAAGUGUGAUGGUGGGCAGCCCUCCAUCAUCCCUUGGCCCAGGGGCUAGGCUCCCUUCCACUUCCUCUUCGGGCCUUUGGCGGCCUCUUAGGUGAGAGACCCCGUAGGCUGCCAGAACUCAGACUCACGCACAGAGAUGCUCGUCCGAGCUCGGUUUAAGCCUCUGGCUUCCUCCACAGAGAGGGAGCUGACCUCCCAGUGAGUGCAGAAUGUUAAAAGUAUUACAUAUGUCCUUAUUUUCCCCCA